CUUUCCACUCGCAGCCCCAACAUGUCACGUGACCCGCAGCACUCCCCCAUGGACCUGAGGCUGACGCCCCCGGGGCGAGCGAUGAGAGGCCACCUGGGUGGAGCGCUCGCCACCUUGGAGAAGCGAAGCCUCCUCGCGCCGCCAGGGCACCUCCAUCCCGACGAGAUCCCCGAGCUCUUCUACCCCUCGGGCACCCAUGGUCUCUUCCCUCCUUCGGGCAACAUGGGUGCCAACGUGCCCCCGCGGUUCCCAGGUGCCCCUGGGGCACCGAGGCGCCGCUAUAUAUCGUUCAUGGUGGAGGAGAUCCUGAAGGGCGACAGCGACGGACGGGAGAGCGAGGACGACUCCUUCCUGGACCUGGCGACAUCGGACAGACGCAAGCAGAAGCGACCCCUGCUCACAAGGGAUGCGGAGAAUCACGACGUCACGGUGGAGUUCAACUUUGACCCGAGGGACGCACCCUACACCUUCCUGUCCCCCGCGCCGCGCUGGGUGAUCCCCGCCAUUCCCCGGGGAUCUGCGACUUCCUCGGACCCAGGUCCCAGGGCCCAGGCCGCAGCCGGGGGGAGUGCGGCCCCCGGCGGGGGUGCGGUGCCCCCCGUGGCCCCGCCGUUCCCGCGGGACCGCUGCGCUAAGCGGCUCCGCAGGAACCGUACAGUGUUCACUGAGUCGCAACUCACGUGCCUCGAGACCAAGUUCGAGAAGCAGAAGUACCUCUCCACGCCCGACAGGAUUGAUUUGGCCGGAUGUCUGGGCCUAACUCAACUUCAGGUGAAAACCUGGUACCAGAAUCGGCGCAUGAAAUGGAAGAAAAUUGUGGUAGGCAGCGGCUUGCUUUCCCCCACGAAGCCCAAGGGUCGCCCCCGUAAGGACUCGAUUCCAUCGAGCCGAGAGCUGGAGCAGCUGGAGAGGCUGCAGCAGAUGGAGCAGGAAGCCGAGUUCGGCUCUCCCCUCCCCAGCCCAACGCCCACGGACCAAAGCCAUCCCAGCUCUCCAUCUUCUGACGCAGCAGCAGCAGCAGCAUCGUCUGCUGCAUCUCCUGCUGCAUCGACAUCACUCUCCGGAGAUGCGUCCUCGGUUGCGUCUCAAGCGUCUUCGACUGCGUCAUCUCCCGGAGCCAGGGAGCCUGGUGCUGCUGCUGGCGCUACUUCUCCCGCUGCAGCCUCAUCUACAGCCACAACUCCGACUCUAUCAUCGCCAGCUUCAGCCACAUGCGACGACGCCUCGAGGGGAGCGGCGCUCCCAUGUCGAGCCGCAGUCGUGACCAGGGCAGUUGCUCGCACUCCAGGCUCUUCAGCGGCACCCGAGCGGGGGCAGCAGCAGCAGCAGCGUCUAGCUUAGGGCAGCAGCAGCAGCAGCAUCGUGUACUGCGGGAGUAGCCACAUCUGCCAAUGGGGCCGCAUUGAUUAAAAGGGACAAAGAUUCCCUGUAUAGCCGAACAGACUGUUGGGGCAAGUGCUUUUUGCGAGCGCCCUUUGAAGGCCAAAACGGUACACGAGGGGGUGGGUGGCGAGCACCACGCCCGGCCGUCUUUGUCUCCCUAGUGGCGAUGAUUUUACAC